AGGUGCAGCAGGGAGGUGUUCUUGGCCCUCGUGGAUUCUCCGUGUUCUUUUCUCUCAGAUUGUUUCGCGCUGCUGCAGGUGAAGGUAGAAAGAGCUGCAGUGGAUUCAGCAGCAUGGAUCAGUGUGAGGACAGAGAGGAGGGAGACCCUCCCUCUAAAACCUCUCUGUGUGGGGAAGAUGAGAGCCAGAGCAAAGGUCAGAGGAUCCUUCAGAGACUCAAAUCAGAACCAGGACCAGGACCAGAAUCAGGACCAGAACCAGGACCAGAACCAGAACCAGGACCAGGACCAGGACCAGAACCAGCACCAGGACCAGAGCCCCGCUGUGUGUCCUUUAAGAGCGACCGGUCAAAGGAUUUCGUCGUUAACUUUCAAUCUGCUGAUCUUCCACCAUCAGAGAGGUCCAGAUUGGACCGGGACCAGCAGAACUCAGAGGCUCCAGUGGUCCGUCUGCCCAGCAGCAUCAAACUCAGCUGGACUUCAUAUUUAUGGGUAUCGCCUCUCAGGUUCUUCAUGUUUUGUUGUGUGACUGGUACUCGCC